GUUCAUUCAGCCGGUACUCGCUCUGUUCAUAUCCUUGAGACAAGCUCAGAGACCUAGUGAUGGCUGUUAAGCAGCUCCUUCCUGGUGAGCUCCAGGUCUUGGUUUCCUUUGAGGAUGUGGCUGUGCUCCUUUCCGAGGAGGAGUGGGACUGUCUGGGGCCUGCUCAGAGGGGUCUCUACAGAGACGUGAUGCUGGAGACCUAUGGGAACCUAGUCUCACUAGGACUUCAAGGUUCCAAACCUAAUGUCAUCUCCAGGCUGGAGCAGGGGGAUAAGCCAUGGACCCUAUACUCACUGGGAACUGGAGGGAGCUGGAGCUGGAAGCACAGGAGAGAAGGCUAUGACUCUAGGAUUGAAAAAAGGAAAUUGACUCCAAAGAAGGACAUUUCUGAAGAAAUAGAAUCCCAAAAAGUAAAAUCAGAUGAACAUAUUAGGAAUAUUUUCAAGGAACCUGAAGAGAUGAGUAAAACUGAGGGAAAACUAGAGAAUUACUGGAGAAAAUCUAUAUUAGAAGGACUGAAAAAUUCCUCCCAGAAAAGCAGUUUCACACCAGGUAACAUGAGCUAUGUGAAAACCCCCUAUGGCGAGACUAGCCAGACGUUCAAUACUUUUGGGGAAAACUGCAUUACAGACUCAAAUGCUGCCAAACAUCUUAGAGUGUCUAGAGAGGAGACUCUUCAUCAUGUGUUGAGCAUGUCAUCUGUUGAAAAUUUUCAACAAUGUAAGGAGUUUAUUAACCUCCAUAGUUUCCAGUUAGGAGAAAGAGCUUGUCAGACAGAUGUGUUUGUGAAAAUACCAAGACAGAAUUCAGUUCCUAGUAAGAAUCAAAGGAUUAACAAUCCAGAGAGACCCUCUGAGUAUACUGAAUAUAGGAAAACUUUCAGUCAGAACAGAGCUCCUAAUCAACUUCAGAGAAUUCGUAGUGGAGAGAGGCCAUAUGAGUGCAGUGAAUGUGGAAAAGCUUUCAGUCGGCACUCUGUCCUCAGCAAACAUCAGAGAAUCCACACUGGUGAGAAACCCUACAGCUGUGAGGAUUGUGGCAAAACUUUCAGUGCUCGCUCAUACUUUAGUCAGCAUUGCAAAAUUCACACAGGAGAAAAACCCUAUGAGUGUAGUGAAUGUAGGAAAGCUUUUAGUACAUGUUCAUCUUGUAGUCAACAUCUAAAAAUUCAUACAGGAGACAAACCUCAUGAGUGUAAUCAGUGUGGAAAAGCCUUUAGUCAUAGUUCAAAUCUGAUUCAUCAUCAGAGAAUUCAUAAUGGAGAGAAACCUUACAAGUGUAAAGAAUGUGGGAAAGCCUUUAGCAGACAGUCACACCUUGUUCAGCAUCAAAGAAUUCAUUCUGGAGAGAAACCUUUUGACUGUAAUGAGUGUGGCAAAGCCUUCAGUGCACGGUUAUCUCUCAUUCAACAUCAGCGAAUUCAUACAGGAGAAAAACCUUAUGAAUGUAAUGAGUGUGGAAAAUCGUUUAGUCUGAACCGAACGCUUAUUGUCCAUCAGAGAAUUCACACUGGAGAGAAACCCUAUAGGUGUAAUGAAUGUGGAAAAUCCUUCAGUCAACGCUCACAGGUUAUUCAACAUAAGAGAAUUCACACUGGAGAGAAGCCUUAUAUCUGCAAUGAGUGUGGAAAAUCAUUCAGUGCUCGCCUAUCCCUUAUUCAGCAUCAGAGAAUUCACACUGGAGAGAAACCUUAUGGAUGUAGUGAAUGUGGGAAAACCUUUAGUCAAAAGGGACAUCUUAUUCAACAUCAGCGAAUUCAUACUGGAGAGAAACCUUAUGAAUGUAAUGAGUGUGGAAAAGCUUUCAGCCAGAGUUUUAAUCUUAUUCACCAUCAAAGGACACAUAAUGGUGAGAAGCCCUAUGAAUGUAAUGAAUGUGAUAAAGCCUUCAGUGUGCUUUCUUCCCUUGUUCAACAUCAAAGAGUACAUAAUGGAGAGAAGCCCUAUGAGUGUCACAAAUGUGGAAAGGCCUUUAGCCAGGGUUCACACCUUAUUCAGCAUCAGAGGAGUCAUACUGGAGAAAAACCCUAUGAGUGUAAUGAGUGUGGGAAAACCUUUGGACAGAUUUCUACUCUAAUUAAGCAUGAGAGGAUACACAAUGGAGAGAAACCAUAUGAGUGCAGUGACUGUGGGAAGGCCUUCAGCCAAAGUGCACACCUUAUCCGCCAUCGAAGAAUUCACACUGGAGAGAAUCCUUAUGAGUGCAGUGACUGUGGAAAGGCCUUUAAUGUUCGCUCUUCUCUCAUUCAACAUCACAGAAUUCAUACUGGUGAGAAGCCUUAUAAAUGUAGUGAGUGUGGUAAGGCCUUCAGUCAGCAUUCACAGUUUAUUCAGCAUCAGAGAAUUCACACUGGGGAGAAACCCUACAUGUGUAAUGAAUGUGAGAAAUCCUUCAGUGCACGCCUAUCCCUUAUCCAACACAAGAGGAUUCAUACUGGAGAGAAACCCUAUGAAUGUACUGAAUGUGGAAAAUCCUUCCGACAAAGCUCUCACCUUAUUCGGCAUCAGAGAAUUCACAGUGGAGAGCAGCCUUAUAUAUGUAAUCAAUGUGGAAAAACUUUCAGUCAGAGAAUAAUUCUUAUUAGUCAUGAGAAAAUCCAUAAUCACAUUAGAGAACAAGCCUCUGAGCAUAGUAAGUGUGAGGAACUCUUUAGUGCACAAUCAGCUUUCGGUGAACAUUGUACAAUUCACAGUGAAAAGUAACUGAUUUAUUGAUAAAAUUUUGAGGGGGUGUAUGUUAUAAGAGCCAUACUGGUGAGAAUGCAGACACUUUAUGGUUUUCAUUUUGGAGAUUCAGCUCUUAGACCAAGGUAGCACAUUUUCCUUCAGAUUCAGAGGAUGGCCCUCUGCUGAGUACUGUAAACGUGAAAUUUAAAUAUAGUUAAAUAUGCUAUAUCACAUCAGAUCUUAAGGUACAGUUAUAUAUUUCACUCAGCCUGUUUCUUUAUCAUUUAUUUCAGCUUCAAGAAAAUUAAUUAGGAUACUUGUGCUUUCACAUAUUAUGGAACCAGUUUGGGGUUUUCUUGUUUGUUUGGGCCUCUUUGAGAUAUUUUUGUUCUAUCAUGAGGAAUAUGGUACCAUAAACUUCAAAAACAGACCAGGCACAGUGGCUCAC